AUGGCGGACAACACAUCCACCCCCGCCGACCCGAUGGCCGCAGCCUCAAAUGCCAUGAUGGUCUCAAUUCAGGACUACAUUCGCACCGCCGUCACCACAGAGGUUGCAAAUCUCCCAAACGCAACCCAGCCCGCCCAACUUGCGGCCCUUCAGAGUCGUCUCGAGACUGCCAACCAGGAGAACUCUGAAUUGAAGGAGAAGAUCAAGCAGAUUGAGAGCGAGCGAGACACCGUCAAAGCGGCCUUCUCCUCUUACCUGGGCUUUCCUCUUCCAGACUCCAAGCUUUCCCGCCAUUCCCACAGCAAGAGUAGCAAGUUCCCCCAGUUCCAGAAGUUCCCUGUCGAAAUUCGCAUGAAGAUCUGGAAGCUUGCUCUCCCUGCCGGACGCAUUUUUGAUCUCUCUAACGUCGAUGCCCACUUCUCUCGUGUUCUCCGAGCCCCGAUUGCCGCCAACAACGGCGCGCCUAACCCGGCUUUGGUCUUGCGCCAGGCCUCCGGGCUCACUGAAAUGAGUGUGACUGCCCACAAGACGCCCAAGCUCCGACUCGCUUGCAAAGAGGCCAACAAGGCAUUCCUUGAGGCAGGUGGCUUCGAAUUUGGCUUGUUCGGUGGCCCAUACAAAGGACUUUGGUACAACUAUUCAGAGGACAUCGUCUUUGUCCGCGAAGAGCCGCGUACCUGGGCCAACCUCGAUAUGUCACGCAUCGUCCGUGUCGCCUUCCCGCAUAAUAGAUUUAUGUGCAAGGCCGAUGCCACCGCCAAGAUGGACACCAUCCUCGAUCACUUCACCUCCUGCAAGGAGGUCAUUCUCAUGCAGACCAUGGAGUGGGAUAUCCGCUCCUGCCUUGCAAGCCCUCGACUGCCUGCCAAGCUUUUCCCGCUACAGGAAGCCGAUCCUAUUAGCACCCAUGACUACCCGAAGGAACUUUCUGACGACGUCGGUAGCGUCGCAACCUGGGGCGAUGUCAAGCGCAUUGUUGCCCAGAUAUGGGAGGACCACGUCGUCAACGUGAAGCAUCUCAGCCCUGUCCGUGUUCCCAAGUUCUCCGGGAUCGAGGUCCUUAAAGCUCGCCCGAGCUACUUUGACUAG